CCCGCCGGGCAUUGGCGAUGGAGCUCCGUCAUCUCGAGCUGCCGCCAGUGAGACCCCAUCGCCGCAACAGCACCAACAGCAGCCUCGCCGCAUCUCCAACAUGUCGGCCCCCGCGCCCCUCGAGGUAGCCUCGACGAUCCAGUCGGCGUCGAUUGAGCCGAACCCGUCGCCCAAGCACGACGUGAACCCAUCAACCGCAGCCAGCGGCAAAGAGCCCGUGACGAUUGCGUCGUCGCCGCCACCCUCCGACAUCGAGUCGGACGAGGUGCCGCUGUCAGUGCUGCGGCCCGCGCCACGGCCACACCACCUCCCGCCCUUGCCCGACCUGCGCUUCGAGCAGAGCUACCUCAAGAGCAUCGAGAAGGCGCAGUCGGGCUGGGGCGUCGCGUACAUCACGCUGCGCGACCAGCUGCUGCUGCCCCUGCUGCAGGGCACGCUGUGGACGCUGCUGCUGACGGGCUGGCGCUUCUGGAACCGCGAGUCCCAGCUCGCGGGGCAGUCGGUCGGCGCCCGUGUCCGUCGCUGGUGGUGGUCUGUCAAUGAUUGGAAUCUCCCCUCCCUAAGGAGACACGAUGUCGCCGCCGACUUGAAGGAUGUGAGUAUUCGUUUCAUGCGGUACUACGUGGCUGAGUUUGCCAAUGCCGGCUCCGACUAGAGCGCUUGCUUGGCUCACGACACUUGGACAUGGAUUGGCGUUUUCGGCGUUUGGGAGGUGGGCUUUGGGCGGCUAGAGUCGAGCGCUUGGCGGCAUCUAGUUUGACACGAGUAGAGAAUCAAUGUUUGGAUCGCCUCUGUGUUGGACGUGGCAGUUUG